AUGGCUCAGAGUGGAUUAACGUUUGUCUCCGUUCUUCUUUUAUCCAUUGUCGCCGUUGGUAAGGCAACUACACGAAUUAAUCAAGUACUUAGUCAUUAAGCAAAGAACUUGAAAGCUAAGGUGGCAAUGUUACUCUCAGUGUUCAAUAGGCUUUAAAGUUAAGGUUAUUUUUUGCACAGAUUUACUUAUAUAAAUAUAUAAGACGACUCAUCCCGGGGCGAAGCCAGAAGCCAUUGGUUGUGCGCUCCCCACGAGGCCAAUUUCUAACGCGGAGACCUCGGCAGUUUUUAAAACUGACCUGUCGAGGAUGAUGCGUCAAGGAUAAUGCCAUGACAAAAUGCGCCCCUGAGCAAUUCUCAUCACCUAUUACUAUACCUCUGUACACAUUUUACAAAGUGAAAUAUGAUUUUUUUUUAUCAUCAUUAUUCUUUACAGGUCAGUGCUCACACCAGACUUCAAAACCAUGUUCAGACACCUUCAAUGUUAACUUUGUUUACCUCCCAACUGACAAAAUGCCCACCACUGUUCCUGACAUGGAAGCUCCAGAUGACGCCUGGUUUCAAAACAAGGAUUUUUGUAAAAGGCAUUGCGAAGCGAAAUGUAUCGCAGUUUGGAAAGGUUGCAGUGCUUUCUCGUCCAUGUUGAAAUCUAACGGCCAAUGCAGCUGCUACGGAUGGAAGACUACGCCUUCGUUUAGCGAGGACUCUAAAUACCUUUUUGGAUACUGCGUGCCUCGUGACAAGAAAGGCCAGUGA